AACAGGUUCCCCCAGCAUGCUCCAUGGAACCAGACACUGUGUUUUUUGCAGGAGUUAAUACUUGCUGUAUGUUUGUGGGUCGUGUGUACAUGCUGAAUGUCCUCCACUGACACAUGGUUGACUCACCAAGGCACACACUAUGAUCUCAGCUGUUAUUUCAUUGCAUUAUCUCAGUAAUAACAAAGGACAAACAGGUCUAACUUAGGAUGCUAAGACGAGCCUGACAACAUGAGUGUGACAUCAUGGUUCCUGGUCAGCAGCUCUGGCACACGCCACCGGUUGCCACGAGAGAUGAUCUUUGUUGGCAGGGAUGACUGCGAGCUAAUGCUGCAGUCUCGUAGUGUGGACAAACAGCACGCUGUGAUUAACUAUGACCUGAACACAGACGAGCACAUGGUGAAGGACCUGGGCAGCUUGAACGGGACGUUUGUGAAUGACCUGAGAAUCCCAGACCAAACAUACAUCACCCUCAAGCUCUCUGAUGUCAUUCGUUUUGGCUAUGAUGCUCAUGUAUAUAUCCUGGAGAGAAGUCAACACAAGGUCCCAGAGGAAGCUCUUAAACAUGAGAAGUACACCAGCCAGUUGCAGCUUAGCAUUAAAGCUCUGCAGGCCAAGACGAGAGAAAACCAGCAGCUCCAGAGCUCAGAGAAGAGCAAAGGCCCUGUUUCCAAACUGCUGGAGAAGGCUGAGCGAAGAGCCCAAUCUCUCAAAGCUGUCACAGAUUCUCCGAUAUCCAAGCCUACUCCUCUCUAUGGCCAACCGUCCUGGUGGGGGGAGGAUGAGGACGCAGCCAACAAAAAGAAGAACACAGGUGGAAAGUCGCCAGAACAGGAGUCUCCAGAGCCUACUAAAGACGUGUCCAGAUAUGAGGUCAACGGCUCUAUGUCCGAAAAUCAAGUCAAGUCCAUCUUCUCCUACCGCCGGGAGCCCAGCUACUUUGAGAUCCCAACAAAGGAAUUACAGCAGCGACCUGCCAAGAAGGCUGAGUCGCAGGUCCACGAGGUUCCAACAAAAGACACUCCAGAUCCCACCAAGGUUGUCUCCUCCACACCUCCCGUGGUCCAAAGCCAUGCCUCCUUCACCAUCGAAUUUGAUGAAUGCAUGCCAGGUAAAAUGAAGAUCAAGGACCACGUGACCAAGUUCUCUUACCGCCAGCAGCAGAAGCUAUCUUCCACAGAGCCCGUCACCGCACCCACUGAGGUGAUGUCAGCAGAAAGCAAAGUUGCUGAUUGGCUCGUCCAGAGUAAUGCCAGCAUGAUGAGAAAGAAGUCACAGGCUGAAGACAUGUAUAGCACAAACAGUGACCCAUCGCUCCUGAAGAUCUCCAAGACAAACCACCAUGAAGAUGGCCCUCGCAGUGAUUCAGAGGAUCCUGCAAUCAAUGGAAGUGAACCUCAGAUUGGGUCCCAGAUUUCUCCUCAACCUCUUAGAGCGUGUCCGCCACAACGCUGCGCCUCCCCCGACUCUGAGGAGCCCUUGUCUUACUCUCCGCCAGAAUCUCAGUCCCUAUCCAGUCUGGGCAAGGCUGAGCCUCACCAAGCCUUUGUUAUUGAAUUCUUUGAUGAUAACCUAAGAAAGAAGCACUCCCAGUCCUUCACUAAUAACACAUCUCCACCUGAGCCCUCAGCCCUAAGGGUCCAGCUGGAGAAGGCGAGGAAGGGCUCAAGCCCAACUGGGGAGAGACGAGUCCCAUCUCAGGCCUCCACCACUCCUCCAACUCAGCAAUACACGGUACCCCUGAAGGGCCCUGCUUCCACAGGCUUCCAGAGAGCUGGCUCUCUGCGAAGGGAGAAGACGGAGGACCGAAUCAGCACCGGCUUUUCCUCUCGCUCCUCGUCCGUGUCUGUAAAACCCUUUUCCAGUAUGGGCCGAAGGUCCAAACUCACCCAGGAAUUUACUGCUGAGUUUCUCAAACAAGCAAAGCAGUCCUCCUCUGCCAGCUUGCAGGAAAAUACAUCUAGUCCCCCUACAACAGCUAAAAGAGAGACAGUGGCCGUAUCCAAGACUAGUCCCCCUCCAUCUAAAGCUUCCUACCAACCACAGACUUCCUCUCCUAUCCACCACCCUGUUCCCCUCAAGGCCCCCUCGAUGUCGGUGCCGUCUCAAGCUGUAGAGGUCAAUAGCCCCCAUGUUGGCCCCAAGAACGAAGAGGAGGACAGUCUGAGUGACGCAGGAACCUACACCAUUGAAGCAGAUGUACAAGAUAAGGAGCUAGAAGAGGCUCGGAGCAAGAUUGACCAGGUGUUUGGUGUUUUUGAGAGCCCAGAGCGCACCAACCAGAGUGAAGCAGAAACAUCAUCAGCAUUUAGGCCUGUUAAUGUUGAGAGCAGGGAGCAGCAUAGGCAGAGUAGCAGUGGGGAGGUGAGGCCAGCUCCAGAACAGGGACAGAGUCUGGUAAAGGGUCAGCCAGCAGGUGCAGUGUUACAGGGGCCUCCUAAGUGGAUGUCUUGCUGGGCCAGCUUGGCAGACAGCUACACAGAAUCUGGCCCCUCGUCUGGCCUCUUUGACAUCUCUUCCCAGAUGGAGUUUUCAGAAGGGGCACGAGGUGCAAUCAGCCACAAUGCCACGCUCAGCCGACACAACGACAGCACUGACUCGGAUGGUUCAAGAGCUCGGCGCGUCCUGCCCCAGUUACCACUGGGCGAGAAGAAUGACAUUCCAACUCCCAGCAUUCAUGUUCAUUAUGACCUGCAAUCAACAUUUGAUGUAGGAGAGAGUAGUAUGGUGGACCCCAGGUCUCAGGAUGGCCUUCAAAGGUUAUCGGUGCAUGACGACGUAGAGCCUGACAGCCUGAGUGAUGCCAGCAAGUCAGAUGAUGGUUCCAUCAUAGAGCAAAAGAGGAGACCGCAGUCAGACAGAGAAGCAAGGGAAAAUGAGGACAAACCCCCAGCUAAGUUAACAUCAUUCUACACUGGGUCAGCAGAGGCUCAACCUGAACUUGGUGGCUCAAACCCCAGCCCUCAAAACACUGAAAUGAAAAAUGCAACCAAACCUUUCUCAACAGCCACCCUGACCAAACAGAGAGGUAACCAGGACUCUGUAAAGGUCAAGCCCGGUGUGUUAGCUCCUGUCCUGAGCCAGAGUACACGGAGUCCUGAGUCCAGAGAGGGUACUGUAUCAGCAUUAAUCAGACAAGAGAGCUUCACCAAGGAGCGGCCUAGCAAUGCCAGAUUGCCCAACAUCUCUAGCGUUCCGGUUCAGAGAGGCCUCGACCCUGAAUCAUUCCAGGGUGCCUGUAAUCAGGACACUCAUUCUUACCUCAAAGAGACAGAGGAUGUUCUGGCGGUUCUGGAGGCCAAACUCCAUGCAGGACAAUCAGAAACAACACCGUCUUCAAUAAUGGACUCUCUCUCUGGGGAGUCGGAUGUCGAUACCUCCAGCACAGUCAGUCAACAUAGCAAUAAGACCAGGCCAAACAUUCUACCCAGAAAAACCUCUGUUAGUGGCCUCCAUAGGGAGAGGUCUUCAGCCAGUAUAGCUAGUCAGGACCCAAGUCGCCAGUCCAGUACAUCAGAAAAGCGACUCUCUCAGGGAGAAGACAGCAACAAUAAGACGGAGUCUUUCAGGAGACCGGUUGGACUGAGACGUAGUGUUGGGAAAAGUGGCUCCACAGACUUCAGUGACGACCCUCAGAGCUUACCUUACUCUGAUCAGGAAUCUAACAACCGCCAAUCCCGCAGAAAAUACACAGUGCCCCUUCAGAAGGAGGACGCCAAGACCUCUAGAGUGUCCCAGGUUUUGAAUCGUGCCAGCAGCUUUUCAGCCCCAAGACCCACCAGAGCGUCCAUGCUUCGGCGCGCUCGCCUGGGAGAAGCUUCAGACAAUGAGGGAACAGAGACAGACAGGCCGUCUCAGGAGGCAGGCAAUGCCCCAGCGAAGCAACCCCAAGAAACCAAGAAACUCUCCAGACUGGAUUUGCUGGCGAUGCCACGUAAGCGGACAAGCUCAUUCAACACACCCAGCGACACCGAGGCCCAAUCUUCCAUCGGCAGCUCGGUUCGAAGGGCUUCUGCACCGGGGUCAAAGCCUUUAGAAAGGCAGCAGAAAGCACCGGUUAACAAGACACCAAUCACUCGUGGACGUUCAAGCAGUGCCAAACAUGCUGGAAGCACCUCAAGCUCCAGGAGACGACACAAAGGCUCUGACUAUACCUCUACCUCAGAUGAGGAGUACGACUCUAACCAGAGCACUCCUAAACACAAACGCUCCCAACCUUCCUCAGCUUCCCAUAGCCCGCGGAAUCUUCAGCGGCCUCAGCAGCUGGUCGCCCUGCAGCCAAAACCUCGCAGCAGAGAUUCUGAAGAGGAGAGCCAUGACGGAGACGCCUUACACAGUUGGUCCAACCACAGCUCUGAGAUUGCACGGUUGAGUCAAGACCUGGCUAAAGACCUAGCUAUCUUGGCCAGAGAGAUCCAUGACGUGGCAGGUGAUGGUGAUCCACAAAACCCCAGAGUGGAGAGCAGUGUGCCCGUCUCCACAGUGACUGCUCAUGAACAGCUGGUUCAUCGUAUUCCAGAGGCUGGAACAAACUACCAGAGGGUCCCACCAAGUUCUACAUCUUCAAGGGAACCUAACCAAAGUGACCAUGAACAGAACACCAGGCAGCGGGCUCAUAGCAGAGAUGAGGUCAUUGUGGACAAUCUGAUGCUCAAUCCAGUGUCACAGAUCAUUAUGGCCAUCAGAGAAAACACUGAGCAACUUGCUGAAAAAAUGAAGGUACUGUUCCAGGACAGGAUGGAUGUCUGGGAAGAAAUUGAGGCCAAGGUUAACUCUGACAAUGAUGAUCCUGUUAUUAAAACCACCAACAAGGAAAUCACAUCUAUCUUGAAAGAACUCAGGGGGGUUCAACGGCAACUUGAGGUCUUUAACACAGUCAUGGAGCCCACUGGACAGUUUGACAAUUCUAAGGCCUCAGCCUCUGCGGUCUCCUCCUCAUCUGGAGCUCGGUCCUCCAGACCUCCCGCCCCACGAGACUGGAGAACGAUCCACUCCGUCUCCAAACGUGGCGGCGGGCCGAGGCCCGGUGAGAGUGUGAGGAGAGCAGCUGUCACACCAGACGAUCUAAGAGCAGGGUAUUUGGUCUGAAAAGGGACACAAACACGCAGGUUUCACCAGUGCUGAACUUCUGCUGUAACUCCACAAACCCAGGUGUCAGACCAGUGUGCACACAAUGAAACCAAGAGGGGGGGGAAGUGAGACUGUACACAGAUCUGUAGCCUCCCGUACAUCCAGCAUAUACACUGAUGCACCAUGAACAUUGCACACCUACACAGUGGUGUAACUCACAGUGAGGCCUGCACUAAACGCACAUAGAGUACGCUCAGUGGGACGCCUACACAUGAGGUAAAGAUUUAAGGAAGUACCAAAAUACUUCAAUAAACCUCACCUCGGACAAGCCUCCAAACUAUACUUGAUUCUCUCUGUGUUAGAGGUUGACCUCUUUAUUUGCCAAUGAUAUGACCAGCAUUGUUGAUUUACUUGGUUUAUUUAAAAACCGGCCUGAGAAUAAUCAUCUCAGGAAAAUUUACUAAUAUAUAAGGUUUCUAUGUUUAGUGACAAAUCAAUUUUUUUUUAGGAAAUAUUAGUUAAUUUAAAUAUGUUUUGGGUAGAAAGAACAGCAGUAACACCAGCAGAUCUGAGUGUACUGUGUACUUGUAUUCUCAGUCAAGCCAUUGCUUUUUCUUAUGUAAUUCUAUGUUUUUGUCUUUGUUUGCCACUUUUCUCUUUGUGGACAAGAUUUAUCGCAGAAUGUAAAAAAUAUUUAUUAGGGAGACCCUGUUUCCGAGACAACAUGACUUUGGGAGAGCUCGUAGACUCUAGUGCCAGACCAAUUAAUGCUCUGUUACACAGUAGCUAUCAACCAAUUUAUUGAGUAUUUAUUCUGUUGGCGUUUCCCAUUGUAUCGCCUCUGUACAGACCUCUGUAUGUUGUCCAGCUGGAGAUGAAAAUCCUUGUGGAAUGUGUGGUCUGACUGGUAGGAGGGACUCAGCUUAGUCACCUGGCAACCACAAACUCAAGUGGCUACAAAACAUGAGUUUUCAAGCAUUCCUGGCUUCUUUACCUUCUGAAAAAAAAUGGGUUUUUAUUUGUGUCAAACGCACUUUGGGGGCUUGAAAGUGUAGUGUUUUGUCGCAAGCACUGUCAGCUCCGAUGUUUGGCCAAAGACCAUCAUUAAACAACUGACAGAAAUGAGUCACCUUUAUUCCUGUUUAUGCUGAGCUCUCAAGAGCUCUCAGAGCACUGUGGUAGGAUUUAAUAUUUCCUCUCGAGUCACAAGGUCACUUGUGAUGGGUCCUCACAUGACAGGAGAAGUAAAGUCAUUUAAGCAUUGUAGUUGACAAAGUCAAUCUGGUGAAGCUGUAAAUCUGACAAUAACUUUGUGACAUUCUGUUCACUGUAUGUAAAUAUCUAAAGACAUCUGCUUCAUACAAAUUACCUCUCAAUCUUGUCUUUUGCACUAAUGUAGUACAACAUUGUCCCCUCGACUUGAUAUGCUGCAAACUGAAAGCUGUUUCUCUCCUGCUAAAGAUUGUAAACAUUUGAUGCCGUUGAGCUUUCAGCAGGAAAGAACGUUGCAGGUUGCCUUUCUCCUUUUCCCUGUCCAGAUUGUACAUGUGAUUGUAAUUGGGAUGUACGUAGAAGUGCCACAGAGCUGUGUGGGACAGUGGUUGUUUACAAACUCAAGCUAAAUUGAAUGUUUGUCCCAUUGACAUCACUUGCUCAAAGUGUUGCUGCUAUUCUUCUUCUGUGGGAUAGUAUUUCCCCUUUGCUUCCAUCUAAGUCAAAGCUACAGCAGGUUUGAGAGCUGAAAAGUAGUUGUUUGUCAAAUUUGUGUCCUUUUUUUGAUAUUCAAUUUAUGUUUCCCCUCCCUUUACCUGUUUUGAUUUGGUCGUAUUGCUGUCUUGUUAGCUGGUAUUUAUGUUUGUGUUUUUGUUUAAUUUGAUAUAUGAUGA